UGUCAUCAACGCCUGUUUAGCCAAGCCAAGCCGUUCUAGAAAAUCGCCGUUUGUGUUCUGUGGUUUUGUGACAACUGUUGUAAGCAAAAGAAUACUUUCUGUAGUCGUGUGCAUAGCUAAGCAUAACACUGCGCAAUGUCGGAGAGAAAAGUGCUGAACAAAUAUUAUCCGCCUGAUUUCGACCCUCGAAAAAUCCCGAGGCUUCGACUUCCAAAGGACAGGCAGUACACAGUUCGUCUAAUGGCACCGUGCAAUAUGCGAUGCACAACAUGCGGUGAAUACAUUUACAAAGGGAAGAAGUUCAACUCGAGGAAAGAAACAGUACAAAACGAAGAGUACCUCGGCAUCAAGAUCUUUCGGUUUUACAUAAAGUGCCCACGGUGUCUUGCUGAGAUCACAUUCAAGACUGAUCCUGAAAAUGCUGACUAUAUCGUGGAACAUGGUGCAACCAGAAACUUCCAGGCUUUGAAGCUGGCAGAGGAGCAAGCCGAGCGAGAGGCGAAAGAAGAAGAGGAAGAAGAAAAGAACAAUCCUAUGAAGUUGUUGGAAAAAAGAACCGAGAUGUCCAAGCAAGAAAUGGACCUUAUUGAAGCUCUGGAAGAUUUGAAGGACCUCAACCGGAGGCAGGCAAACGUCAACUUUGAUGCUAUGCUCGAGAAAUAUGGAGAGGAUAAGGUGACCAUGCUUCAGAGGCAGGAAGAAGAGGAUGAAGAAUUUGUCAGAUCAGUAUUUGGAAAAGGUGAAGAAGGAAUUGUGAAACGAAUCAAGGAUGAAGACGACGAUGCAAGUGACGAGGAGGUAUCCAAAAAGCCAAGGUGGGCUGCACCAUUUGAAAAGCCAACAGACAUAUUGAUAUCGGGUUCCCCAGCUACAGUGAAGCAAGAACCAGGUGUUCCUUCAACACCUGUGGGAACUGCCUCAAAGAAAAAACUGUCUUCAAAGUCGUUACUUGCAGGGCUAGUAAAGGUUAAGCCUGCAGCGACGGUAAAGCCAGAGGAACCCUGCCCCGCUACAUCUAAUAGUGUACGCAGUGAUGCGAUAACCAAGGUGGAGUCUACAAGUAGUCUCAGUCUUUUGUGCUCUUACUCUGGGAGUGAUGACAGUGAAUGAAAUCCUGAGAAAAUCUUGCAUAGUUGUGUAUAUAAUUUUUAGAAUGCCUCGUUAUCAGAAGAAGUGUUAUCUUUCUGUAACAGUACUAUAGCACAUUUACCUUGCCCCAUGUAGGUUAAACCAUUCAUAAACCAAGGCCAAAAAUGCUCAUGUAUUUUUUUUAGGUUAAUUCCUGCCAAAUGUGCUAGCUGUUAGGAAAUUGAUAAGGAGAAAUACAAAUAUGUCUCUCUCCACAACACAUUUUUCGGGACAGCCAACGAAUAAAAUAGUGGAAUGAAGCUGAGAGCAAAGAAACAGAAGUAAACAUGUACACUGAAUUUUUAUUUUUGGAACCUCAUUUGAAAGAUAAUUUCAAAGACGUCACAAAACCAAAAAGGGUGGACUAGUAAGAAACUCUUCGCACGUCAUGCUCUGGCUGACAGAGUAGGAAGUCUUUACUGAAUUUGUAGACACGUAUGCCAUUUUUAAUGAUCUUGUGGGAAUCCCUGAAAAGUUCACUUUCAUAUGCACAAUAUGGGACAAGGAAACAUUCCAGAACCAAAGAAGACCAUUCAUAUGCCCACAGAGAAAGACUUAGUUUUCCAAUCUGCAACUUUGCUUUCGUUCCUGGUUUGUUAAUUUGAUCUCUGUAGUGCUUCCCAUAGCUCGCUCUUGCUUUUCAUAAAACUUGUUGUCAAACAGAUUUUUUGUUCCUACUGGGGCUGUUUUAGCAUGGAAGGUUUUAGUGGUACGACAGGAGCUGCCAUCGUGUAGUGAGGGUAGGUACUGAAUUUGUUCGCAGACUUUUUGCUCAGUCAGAAACUAAGCUGAAGGUAGGUGCCUUGAAGGUCGUACUCAAGCAAUGGAGCAUCUCCUGUCUCACAUUUGGACUGAGUGCAUGCUAAUGGUGCUAGAACACUUCGAUAUCUGCUCGAGAUCAGUUGGAAUGUUCCUUUUCAUGCUAUUGCACCACCAGUUUUCAAAUGCACUCACAAAAUCAUGCAGACAUUAAUUAACACUAAAGACUUAAUUUAUCUGCUGAAAUGUUAUUCACUGACAAAAACUGACUGCAGUCAAACAGACAUCCAGCAGGGGUCAUAUCACGCAAAAGUUUUCAUUCUUGCAUCGGUUCAAGCUAUAUAAUGAUAGUCAGCAGAACAGUGUCAAGUGAUCCCUUACGAACUUCAACAAGAAUGUGGUGCGUUGGACAGAAAGAGGAGACAAACCGCCAAAUGGGAGGUCUCUUUGUUAAAUCUGAACUAGAGCCCUGCACGGGCCUGACCUGGCCUGCCGGGCUUCUUAUUGGCUGUGCGCUCCGGGCCUGGUCCGGGCUUCUUAUUGGCUGUGUGCUCCAGGCCGACAAAAUACGCCGCACUGUGGGCCGUACCUGGGCCGAUAAGCAUGUUUCUGAGGGUCUGGCUCGGCUGGGUCACAGACCUAAUUUCACACAAUGCAGGACUAUUCAUUUAUAUCAUCGCGUGCCUGUGUCAUUCAUGUACAUAUACUUGCAUAUCUUUCACGAUCACAUUCGCAAAGCUUGGUAAGAGGGGUAGGGAUUGGGAGGAGUUUGUUAACAACAUCCUCUACCUCCACAAAAACUUGUAGUGUAACGAUAAUGAUCAUAGUUGACUCCAGACAAAGAACCCCACUAAAGGAAGACACUAACACGUGCAGACUAACGCAUGACAAUGUAACAUGUAACUGGUACUGCACAUUCACCUGACCGUGUUUCAUUGCAUUGUACAGUGGUGGACAAAAUUCUACAGAACAAUCCCUGACGCAUUCUUUCGACUCAGAAUAGCAGCAAAUGGGACCGUACGGACUUACAGACAUGUGCCUAGGUAACCCAGUUACCUGCUUGCAACUCCGUAUGGUCCAGUUUGCUGCUAGUGUUCCGUAAACUUUUGUACAGCACUGUCCACUUGAAUUGCAAGGCUGAGAGAUUUUCGAAUUAUGUACUCUGGGAUGAAAAUAAAAAUUGUGCAGUACAGCUGCA